CAAUCGGUUUUCAUUGAUUAACAUAUUCCCGCGUAACUGAGUAUUGAAUAGAGUGUUAUUUGUCCAGAGCCAAUUGUUUGGUUUCGUAUGCAUACAUUUUUGUUUUGGCCAGUCCGAAUCAGUAUUAAAAUCUUUAAAUACCCAACCCUCAGUUAGAGAUUAAUUCAGUUGUUGCUCAAACUUAUUCCAAACUAUACACGCGUUUUGUGCCAGUUCCAUCUCUACCGCUCUAGACUUCUAAUUUUUAAAACCAAUCAUUAUUUAGCUCUUCACAUAAAUUUAUAAUGUUUUCAAUUAGAAUUUUUUUGGUAUUUUGUAUGAUCUGUUUGACGUGUGUUAGGAGUUCCCCUUUGGCAAUUGAUGUCCUUGAGAAUAGGGAUAUAAUAUUCCCGAGAAGAAGUGAAUUGGUUAAAAGAACUGCUAGUAACGAUGUUUCCGAAUUGAAUCAUCAAAAAAUAUCACUUGCCUCAUUUAUUGAGAACAUCGAAACCGGAAUACUCCAAACGGCCUUGAGUGUUGACCCCUUGGCAAGUGAUACUCAUGCUGAGGUUCAAAACACAUCAACAUCUCCACAUCCAGUGGAGAUAAGAUCAACCAAAGAGGAUACCUCUGUUCCAAUUGAAAGCAGUACAGCGUAUGUUAUCUUCCAGACCACGGAAAAUUACCCAGCAGUUGAUUCGGUCCCAUCUCAUGUUGUUAUUGAUCGUGUGAGUGUAUUCAAGGCACCAGAAGCGGGAUCUGGACUUUUCCCAACUUUUCUUGUACAAGAUACAAACGCAUCCAGCAGUGAUGCCACUGAAGUGAAUCCUGAAGCUGAUGAUGACAUUGAUGAGGUUGAGGAAGGAUCCACUUCUGCAAACAAUUCAGAAUCAUCAGAAUGUGAAGAUUCAACGGAAUCUACUGAAUCAUCCAAAUCAUCCGAAUCCUCUGAGGAAAAAUCCACAAAAGUAAAAUGUUCUUCAGCAAUCACAACUGAAAAAGAAUCAUCAUCAACGGUCUCGCCUUCGCCAUCCACCUCAACUUCAUCAACGUCAACCACUUUAACAGUUGAAGAGAAGAAAAAUGCAGAAAAGGAACUCAAGGAGAAAAUAGGUGAGAUCGAAGCUGAACCUGUGAUCUUUACAGCACGUGUCUAAUCUUAGAUUGAUUUACUCGAAAAAAAAAUGGAGGAAGUUAGAAAAAUACGUUACAGUAUUUUAGAUUUGGCUUAAGUUAUAUUUAAAAAAUAAAAAUAAUAUUAAUUUUAAUUUACUUAUAAAAAAUAAUGUGAUUUAUUUUGUAUGAACAUUUUCUACUUUUAAAUUCAAAUAAAAUUAGAGCAAGUUAAACAAACAUAACCAAAAA